AUAAAUAAACCUUAUAUUCUUAAUACUGAAAUAUUCUCUGCAGGGGCCGGUGUCUCUCGAUACUCCACAUGCACCAUCAGGUGCAGAAGGAGGAGCUUUGCCCGGGGCAGCAUUCAUGCAAGAACCGCCACUGUUGGUUUUCAAGUCCAUUUCUCCUCCCAAUGCGUUUCGAUCUGCUGCCAUCAUAACUACUACAGACUAAUGCAGCGCAUUUGAAAGCCACUCCCCCUUUUUCUCCCAACAUCUCCCUCUCCAGACCAGAUCAUCCCAAACGGGAUAUCGGAUUCCUACUUCUCGUUUUUGGCCAGCGGCGGCUCAGAUUUCCUGAUUUCGAGAGGAGUGACCUCCGAAUUGCACAAUCAUCAAAAUCUCGGAGCAGUGACUCAGUAGCUUGCAGUUCGGUUCGGGUGUGCAGGUGGGCUCCUCCUCCACAGUGAGAGCGGAGCUUUUCGUUGCAUUGCGCUGUGUGCCUUUAAAAGGUUGAAUUUUUCGGUCUGUGUCUCCACUCGGCUUGUCAUACCCACUCGGCUCAGCUGUGUGUGCGCGCGCGCGCGCGCUGUUCUUCCUGCUGUGACAUGGCACAGAGGCUGCGUGUACCGUCAGCAGCAGCAGCAGCAGCAGCAGCAUCCUAAACCAUGGACGCUCUCGGGAACGCAGCCAGCGCGGCUCGGGGAACCAGGGCGACGCUGCUGCUGGCCUGGACCUUACUGAACGCGGUGUCGGGACUGAAGGCGGAGGACGGCGGAAUGGUGGAGGAACUUGUAACUGAGAAGGAGGCAGAGGAAAGUCACCGACAGGACAGCGUCAAUUUGCUGACAUUCAUUUCGCUGCUGACUCUCACCAUUCUCACUAUAUGGCUCUUCAAGCACAGGCGGGUUCGCUUUCUUCACGAGACCGGGCUGGCAAUGAUUUACGGCUUGCUGGUCGGUGUGAUCCUGCGUUACGGCAUUCCAGCCACCAGCUACCACAACAAGACCCCCCCGAGCUGCUCGCUGAAGGAAGGGCCUUCCAGCACCCUGCUGCUCAAUGUCAGCGGCAAGUUCUUUGAGUACACGCUGAAAGGGGAGAUCAACUUAAGGGAGAUCCACAAUGUGGAGCAGAACGAUAUGCUGCGCAAGGUGACCUUUGACCCUGAGGUUUUCUUCAACAUUUUGCUCCCUCCGAUUAUUUUCCAUGCUGGGUACAGUCUGAAGAAGAGACACUUCUUCAGAAAUCUUGGCUCCAUCAUCACCUACGCCUUUCUUGGCACUGCAAUUUCAUGCUUUGUUAUUGGGAAUCUGAUGUACGGCGUGGUGAAGCUGAUGAGGGCGGUCGGACAGCUGACUGAUAAGUUCUACUACACUGACUGCCUUUUCUUUGGGGCCAUCAUCUCCGCCACAGACCCAGUGACUGUGUUGGCGAUUUUCAACGAGCUCCAUGCAGACGGGGAUCUGUACGCUCUGCUGUUCGGAGAGAGCGUUAUGAAUGAUGCUGUGGCCAUUGUCUUGUCCUCCUCCAUCGUGGCCUACCAGCCUGCUGGUGCAAACACACACAUGUUUGACGCCUCUGCCUUUUUCAAAUCUGUGGGAAUAUUCCUGGGGAUUUUCAGCGGCUCCUUUGUGAUGGGCGCAGCCACAGGCGUCGUCACGGCUCUCGUCACCAAGUUCACCAAGCUGCACUGCUUCCCUCUGCUGGAGACGGCGCUCUUCUUCCUCAUGUCCUGGAGCACCUUCCUGCUGGCCGAGGCCUGCGGCUUCACCGGUGUUGUGGCCGUGCUGUUCUGUGGCAUCACCCAGGCUCACUACACAUGCAACAACCUCUCUGAGGAGUCUACAAAACGCACCAAGCAGCUCUUUGAAGUUCUUCACUUCCUGGCUGAGAAUUUCAUCUUCUCGUACAUGGGUUUGGCUCUGUUCACCUUCCAGAAACACAUUUUCAGUCCCAUCUUUAUCAUAGGAGCUUUUAUAGCCAUAUUUAUCGGCAGAGCUCUCAACAUUUACCCGCUGUCCUUCCUCCUCAACCUCGGUCGAAGGGACAAGAUCAGGGGAAACUUCCAGCACAUGAUGAUGUUUGCAGGUUUACGCGGUGCAAUGGCAUUUGCCUUGGCAAUCCGGGACACUGCCACCUCCGCCCGGCAGAUGAUGUUCACCACCACUCUGCUUAUCGUCUUCUUCACCGUCUGGGUGUUCGGUGGGGGAACCACACCCAUGCUCUCCUGGCUGCAUAUCAGAUAUAGAUAUGGGAACGGCAAAAGAUUUCAGGACGAGGGCCGCCUCCACGGAAAGUGGGAAUACUCCAGGGUUGGUGUGGAUCCAGAUCAAGACCUGCAGCCCUCUGGCGACAGCUUCCAAGUCCUCCAGGGGGAUGGGAACCAGGAUGAGGGCCAGAGUAAAACCAAACAGGAGAGUGCCUGGCUCUUCAGACUCUGGUAUACAUUUGAUCACAAUUACCUUAAGCCCAUUUUGACACACAGCGGUCCACCUCUGACCUCCACUCUGCCCAGUUACUGUGGCCCGCUGGCAAGCUGCCUUACCAGUCCACGGGCAUAUGAAAACCACGACCAGCUAAGGGAUCCCGACACGGACUUGAUCCACAACGACGCCGACCUGACCUUCACAUUUGGCGACACCGCCAUCAACGCCAAUGGGGCGUCCGCCAGCAGGGCGGAUGCCGCCGGGGGGUUGGGCUGGAGCGCAAACGGAAAGAGGAGCGGCAGCACGUCAGAGGAGGCCCUGGAGCGGGAGCUGGACUCCCGCGAGCAGGAGCUGCUGAGCCGAGGCACACGCCUGGUUUUCCCCAUGGAGGAUCACAUCUGACCUCCCCGCCUCGUCCGUACCAGCCGCUCUCCCCGGCCUGACCCUCACCCGCACCAUUUUGCCAUCAGUUCUCUCCACUUUCACAUGGGCAGAGUGCCCGGCGCUUCAGAGAUGAGACGGAUCUGAGAUAUGGGAUCUGACAGGAGGGGAAGGGUUCAUCGUGACCUGUGGCUCCUUCAAAGCCAGGGGAGCAGAGCUCCGGGAGCAUUUCAUCCUCAUUAGAUAAGAAGUUUAUUCCAAAGAAGACACAGUACCCCUGUGGUGUUGAGGAGAAAAGAAGAAGAAAAAAAAUCUUGCUGCUGCUUCACAGACUGUGUUCUCUGCAGAAGAGGAUUAAAAACUUUUUUUUGGACAGGAAAUGGAAGUGACGUAUGCCCAUGCAAGACUAUCUGCAUGUUCAACACUUUGUGGUUGUGCUGGAGGAGAAAAUGGGUCUCAUGGUGGGACGUGACCAGUGUGUCUUGACAUAAAAAGACUUUGACUAAAGAGUUCUUUGGUAAAAGUCUACCUGAAGACAUUUACUGCUAAAACCACAGUUUCUGGUUAUCUACUGCUGAGAACGUAAAGGGACGUUGAAGGUGUUUCCUUCUCGGUCGUGAUUUAACACAAGCAUCUAAAUGCCUAUAGAGCCGGGCUUUUGUUUCUCAUUGGCUGAACUGUUCAUUGAAGGCCUGUCACAUUUACAGAUGGUAUGUGAGCAUCGUGUCAUUCAGUUGACCUGGAUCAUCUUCUGUGUUAAAUUGUAUCUCAUGACACAACUUAGGAAUCCUGACAUGUUUAAAUUCCAUUAAGGAAUAAAAAAAAAAAAAAGGGCAUGAGGAUCUGCGCUCUAACAUGAUUAAAGACCAGCUUACACAGUGAAGUAAAGAGCUGGUCGCUGUAGCGUUCCAUCUCAGCAUCGUCUUUUGAAUGUCUGAAGCACUUGUUACAGCUGCAAAACGUGUGACAAAGUGCGCAAAUCUUUACAAGGCGGAUAUUAGAAUUUUAUUAGAAAGUGUUGGAAAUUUUGUAUUUUAUAACAAGUGAAAUUAAUUAUUUCAGUUUGCUAACUUCACAGCUUUUUAGUUGGAUAUCAUUUCCGCUGCUGCAGUACUAAUAUUACUAUAAAUACUUUUUUGUUUAAUUUAAAAAAAAAAAGUUUUUAAGUUUAACGGCUCACUACAAGGCCAAACAUUAGCUGUGAAAAAUACCAUCAAAAUUAAGUAGUGCCCAACAGAGGUUUGGCUCAGGUUGUCCUUAAAACAUCGACACUUCAGAUUAAUCAGAAUUAUACUUUUUGUUUUUCUUUUUUUUACUUCUUUUUUAUUGAUGUGGCUUAUUUUAGCUCAGUUAGCCUAGAUAGCAUCUUUAAGGCUUCAUAAUUAGCAUGUAGGUAGUUUGUUACAGCUGAAAAAAAAUAAAGUAUGAAGCAGGGAUGGCUUCUAGAGACGUACCUGUACAGAUUUCACACAGAGUAAAAAUGUAUUUUGAAGAGGAAGGAAAUUUUUCUGCACGUUUACCCUCGCAUGCCAGCUUAUUUAACAUGAAGAUCCAUAAUAAAAAAACAGAACACAUUUCUAUCUAUAUAAACACAAAUAUUUUUAAGUAAAAAAAACAUUUAGAAAUCAUAGUUUUAACUUUUUAUUAUUAUUAUUAUUAGCUUUAGAGAUGGGCUGUAGGUUUCAUCUUGAGAAUUUUUGAACUCUUAUUUUAACCUCUGGAGGAUUAUGCAUCAGCCAAAAUGAUUGUUCAAAGUAAACAUUAGUAACAUUCCCUCUCUAGUAAAUAAUUCCCAAUCACUUCACACUUAGAUUGGAUUAUUGCUAGGACAGGACAAAACACAGUUAGCGGUCUCCCUUCCCCCCCUUUAGACUAAGCUAACCAUGUUAGCUUGAGAAGCUGUACACUCACUUGGUCUGCGGUGUUGAAAGUGUAAAAUAAAUCUUGUGUAUCAAUUGCAAAUUGACGACAGUACAUAGUCAGUCAAUUUCUAAUUUCAUAAUUAAUUUUAUAAUCUAUACUAACCAAUAGAGUUCUCCAAGAAUAUUAAUUUAUUUUAUUAUUAUUUUUUUAGGCUGACUUAUUAAAGAUGUCCACUGAAAUUAAAUGGAACCAAAAAAAUGUUUUCGAUGGUCAUCAAGACGAGCUCAGCUCAAUGCAAUCGAAUUUUGAUGCAUUGAAAUUUGGCACAACAGUGGCCGACCCGUUCCGCCGCUCUUACAUCAUUGGUCCAAUUUCAGUGAGAUAAAGGACGCUAACACGCUAACAGCAUAUAAAUACUCAUUUUGGAACUCAGAAAUGUCAUCUCAAAGCUCCUUAGCAUAUUAGUGUAGCAUUAGUUGAGGUUUCUGCUGGUUUACUAAAAAAAACAACACGAGCAGUGAUUUGUGUUAAAGCACUCUUGGCACUUUAUAGCCCGUGGAGGAGCCAGAGGACUGACGUUUGUUUUCACUUUUACACAUAUGACAACUGAACUGCUUCCCUUUUUUUGUUGUUGUUGUUGUAUUCACCACACAGCCCCGUUUAGCCCUUUAAAUCCACCUUCCCACCAACGCCGAGUAGUUGCUGCCUUUAUGCAUGAGUAGACGGGGGGCAGGUGUGAAAGGCAUGACUGUUGGGAGUUGAAUACGAGGCCUUUGACGCCGGGGGACGGUCUCGAAGCCAGUUUUACGGCUCGCAAGAGACGUCCGGGAGGAAAUGAAUCCGGUAGAGUAAGCUGUUGCCAGGCUGUGCACAGAGCAGGACAUUUAAACCGAGCUGCUGCAAGGAGAAGUGCUGUGAAGCAGAGUAAUCUCAGCCCUUCACAGUCUGGUGAUUAUGUGCGACCGUGAAAACCCGCAUGUACAAUUUUAAACAAUCACCUGCUCGCCCUUACUAAACACCGCUAGCGCUCACGCCGUCUCUGGAGAAAGGUGGGACGAGAACCUCGCAAAUGAACCUUUGUGCAGAAAAUGAAACCAGACAACGGAGAUGCUUUCGCUUUGUGUUGAAAAUGUCCCUUUCGGUCUCUCCUUUAUUCGAAAGACAAUUCACAGAACAGGAACUUGCAUGGAUUGAGACAUGAUGUAGUGUUGUCCCCCCCCCCCCAAAAGACAAGAGGGAGUACUUCACAGACCAGCAAACCCCAGAGAGUCACGCAGCACGGCAAGCGGAGGACGCCUGUUGGACUCUUCGCUAAUCUUUCAUGUGCACUUCCCGCCCUCCACACUGCUGUGCUGUCAGUUGUCCUGUCGGCUAUAUUUAAACCCUCUCUGCACCUGAGAAAUACGAGAUGUAGCCAAAGUGUCAAUAUGUGCACCUGUCGUUUCCAGCGGCGGCUGGCUGACGGGUUCUGUGUGCCAUGGUCUGCAUGUCAACAUGUUAAUAAAAACCUUGAAGCUC